ACGACAGCUCAGUGGCACGAAGACCUUCUUCGUGACGGCUUCGCGGUCGUCAAAAAUGCCGUGCCCAAACAGAGAUGUCAGCACUACAUCGAACAAACGUUCAACUGGCUUGAGCGCUUUCCUUUUGGCUUUGAUAGGAACGAUAAAUCGACCUGGACGGACAAGAAUCUACCAACUCACAUGAAGGGUGGUAUGUACCACGGGUACAGAAUCCAGCACGAGAAAUUCCCUGGUGUUAUAGAUGCUUUCACCAAAAUCUGGGGCACGAACGAGCUCCUCGCCUCCUUCGAUGGGAUAAAUUUUACUCUUCCCACUGGUUCUUCUCUGCCGCCUACAACACCCUGGCCUCACGUUGACCAAUCGCCACGAAGAAAGGGUAUGCAAUGUGUUCAGGGUAUAAUCAACUUUGCUCCCAAUGGUCCUGAAGAUGGAGGUUUGUUGGUUAUGAAAGGCUCGACUCGCUUGAUGGAAGAGUUCUUCGCAGCUCAUCCCGACGUUCUCGAUCGUCCCACGUGGGGCGCUCCUGAUUGGUUUCCGUUCGACAAAGCAGAGUGUGAAUGGUUCAAGCACCGUGGCUGCUCGAUAGCUAAGAUUUGUGCUGGUCCUGGUGAUCUUAUCGUGUGGGAUUCGAGAUGUAUGCACUACAACGAGGUGCCCAGAUCACAGAAUAUGAGAGCAUUGAUUUAUGCUUGCUACACUCCGGCUGCCUCUGCGACUCCAGAAGCUCUCGAGAAGAAGGCGCAACUGUUUGACAAGCGAAUUGGAACGUUACGUUUGGGAAAGCCCGAUCUCGCAGAAAGGGACGAGCCUUUUGAGCACCCCGAAGAGACGGACUUUGUCCAGAAACUGGCCGGCAAGAAGCCUUAU